CGUCAGCAUCGGACGUGCGUCGUGGCCCAACCCAGAAAUAUAAACACCUUGUCAGAGGGAAAUCGUGCGGCGUGCGUAAAAUUCUUUGGAAAAUUCUCCAGGGGCGGUGGUAGUAGUAACUUUUUCGCGACUGCAACUAGACAAAAUAGUCGCGAAUCGGGAAAGCGGAAAUCACCCCAUUAGCGGAACUCAUUCAAGAGUUUUUGUGCGGAGUGUGCCGAGUGCGCAGACAUGUCAAAUAUGCACAACAAAUACAAAUACGCGACAACACAACAACAGGGCAAACAUCAUUAAUUGCUCGGGCCGGUGAAGUGCGUGCCAAGUGCGUUCGAUUUAAAAUUUACGGAAUAAAAAUAUAUACAAAAUUAAUUGCAUUUCAAGCGUUCUUAAAUACGCAUCAAUCGGCUGGAUUUUCUGCGGUUUCAUCCCGGCGAAACAUAAACAACAACCGAAAACACUCAAGCGGAGGUGUAGUGAGUGAGUGUGCGAGUGCGGCCAGCGUUUCGGUGGGUCGCCCGCUUGUUGUGCGCGCAAUUUCCGGUUUCCGCUUCCGCCGGAGCAGCGUCCGUGUCCGGCCGACUAGGCGCAACAUUAAUUUGCCAACGCCAACUCCAGCAAAUAAAAAAAGAGUAAUCACAGCUCAUAGAAAACAACGAGCCACUAAGAAGAUAAACAAGACAGAAAAGUGCUAGAUUUCCGUCGAAAGAGAGUUUUCAUCUAAAAUUAACAAUUUUAACCAAUAAGUUUUUGGAAUGAAUGCAAGCAAAGAUAUGUUUUAAGCGAGAAAUUCAGCCAAGUGUUUUAUAAUUAUCAGAUCCCUCAACAAAUAGUACACAUGUGCCAAUCUGAAAGCUGAGCUGAGCUUCGGACAAGGAAAAUCCAUACCAACGAAUUCCGGGACAAGUGAUGAAGUCAUGAGACCGACAUUCGAUCGACGCCUCUGGAUAUUAUUGUUCAUUAUUUCAGUACAAUGUACCACCUACACACAGCCGCAGAACAUCAACGCCAAGUCACUGCAGAGGACGAAGCCCGCCGAGCGCCGAGAAGCCAUCACCAGCAGCAGCACGAGCAGGAACAGCUGGCUAAGCAUAUCAGCCGAGUCCGAGGCAGACGCGGCAGUUGACCACCGCGGCAGUAGUGCUAAGCCGGGAAAAUGCUCGAAGAACUGCCAGAAGGCCAAGGCCAAGUGGGCCAAGUGGCGCGGCCAGCUGAAGCCCCAUCACCAGGCCCAUCGGGCAGUGCUGCACAGGGAGGCCAAGCGGCGUCAGCGCCGCGAAACCGAGGAGGAGGACCUGGAUGCGAUAUACACACCACCCAGCUCCAGUUCCAGCUUAAGCUCCAGCUCAACGAGCACCACCACCACAGCCGUGGCCACCACCGUGCAGGCCACCAGCUCAAGUUCCCUGGCCACCAGGAGGAGUUCUUACUUUAACGAAACCAAGGUGAAGCGGCCGCGCUCGACGCUCCACUUGGCACCCGAGGACCUGCAACCGAAGCCCAAGGAGCCGGUCAUCAUCAUCGACGAUGUGGAGGAGUUCGACAGCGGCACAAGCACUCGGGAUCUCUUCGCGCGGAAGAGUCGCGAAGAGGCGGAGGACGACGAGGACGAGGGUCCGCUGGAGCCGCGGGUGCUGCCCCUACGGCCAGUGCCGCCGAAUCCCUACGAGGCCGAGGAGAUGUCCGUGGUCUAUGCCGAGCAGCACUCCGAGAUCAAGCUGAUGUGCGAGGUGGACCUGGACAUUGCCACCAGCAUGUGGUACAAGAACGGCCAGGUGGUGCACGCCAUGGACCGCACCUCGCGCGUCACCGACUAUCGCUUCAUCAAGGAGGCCAACGGCGCCCUCACCAUCACCAACGUGAUGCUCGAGGAUGACGGCAAGUGGCAGUGCGAGGCGGAGAACACGCGCCGCUACACGGAGAACGCCCGGCCAGUCAAGCUGGUCGUCCUGGAUCGCCCCAAGCCACCGUAUUUGCUGAUCGACUCACGGCGCCUGGACGCCAGCAAUCUGUUUGUGCCCGUGAAGGAGAACUCCGAGCUGAACCUGGCCUGCGUCAGCGAGGGCGGCAAUCCCCGACCCACGCUCACCUGGGAGGUGCUGCUCAGCCCCGGCGUGGACAGGCAUGCCCAGAAGGUGUCCGCCGAGGUGCUGGAGCUGGAGGAGAUCAAGGGCGAGAAGGUGGACAAGAACGGCUACAAAAUCAACAGUGGGGCCAAGAGCGAGGCGAGGUUGCCGGCGGUGUACAGAGCCCACCACAACGCCCGGAUCCUGUGCGUCAUGGAGCACCCCACGCUGAAGAUUCGGCAGAAUGCCUCGCUCCUCCUGGAUGUGCAAUACACGCCCUCCUUCGCCAUCUCGCGCACACCUGGCUUCGGUUAUCCGCUCCGCGAGGGCAUCGAAGUUAGCCUCAAGUGCGACGUCGACUCGAAUCCCCCGAGUACUCCGCGCUGGCAGAAGGACGAUGGUGACACGCCGGUGCCACAAACGGGCGACGGCUUCCUGAACUUCACCUCGAUACGGCGCGAGCACUCCGGCUGGUACAAGUGCACGUCCCGGCACCUCAACUUCCAGUACUCGUCGAUUGGCUAUUACCUCAGCGUGCGAUACGAUUCGGUGGAUGUGACCUCGGAGCCGGAUGAUCAGGAUGUUUCCGUGGCAGCUGCCUCGCACAAUCCCAACAAGGGGCAGCUGGAAGUGCAGCUGGGCGGAGCGGUGACUCUGCAGUGUCCGCAAGGCUCUCUGGGCUGCUGGUCGCACUUGGACCCCAUUUCGGCCCGAUUGCGUGGCCUUGGCUACGGCAGCAGCCAGCCCACCGGGCAGUUCUCGCUCAAGGACGUCAUGUACCAGGACGCGGGCAUGUACAAGUGCGUGGGCCAGUCGCCGGCCAACAAGAAGAAGCUGGAGGUCCUGCAAAGCCUCACGGUGUCAGUGAAGGGUGCUCCCACAGCCAUGGCCCUGAAUGCCACGCCCGUUGCCUAUCCGGGCUCGCCGCUACACCUGAACGUUGAGUUCUGUGCGAAUCCUCCAGCUCACGCCGCCCGCUGGCUGCACGGCGAUCGGGUCUUCACGCCCGGAAAUCAGUACGGCAGCACGGUGCUGGCCUACUCGGUGAAGGAUCUGCCCACGCCCUUCUGCAAGGAGGCGCGCCUCACGUACGUCAGCAUGCACGAGAGGGUUCCGAGGACCUUCUACUUCAUCGUCUCGUCCCCCGGCGGCGUAGCCGAGGCCGUGUUUAACGUGAACUUCACGAAGCGUCAUCGACAGCUGUCCAAUGCCAUCGACGACGACGAGGAGGAGGAGCUCAACCGGCCGGAGCAGAUACACUUUCCCGUGUUCAACAGCACCUCCGGCAGUGGGCCUCUGGUUCCGGCCGUGAUCGUGGCCCUGGCCCUUAGUUUCGGCUUCCGCCAUUAGGUUUAAGUCAGUUAGGACAUCUGUGUGACUGAGAGUUGAGUGUGAAUGGAAGCCGGAGUGAAUGAUUUCUUGGGGAGUGCCUGCCUGGAGCGUUUACUACUACGAAGCAAACCAAACCACAUCACACCACAUGUUCUAUGUAAUCUAACCCCUUUGGCUAAGCAUAUGUAUGGACUUACCCAAUUACUCGACAUUACCGCGUGGACUAUGCGACACAACUACUACUCUAUAUAGCUAUAUGUAUGUGUAUCUGUAACCGAUUUAGCCAAGCAUCAAAAUUGCCCUAGGCUAAGACCCCCGAUGGGGACGAUCUGAACUCUCAAACACCUUUCAGAUUCUUGGAAAGACAACCACUCUUUGUCCCUAAGCUAUUCCAAUAUUUUUACUGUAACCCUUAGAUUUAACUGUAACUUUACCGGUAACUGUGACUGUUACUGGAAGUACUGCAACGGUGAUUGUAACUCUAACAGUAACAGGAACAGUAACUCUAACUGUUGCUCUUGCAGUAAAAGGAACAUUAACUGUAGGAAGUGUAACUGUAACCCUAUCGCUGUAUGUCAAUGUGUAUGUGUGUGCGCUUAACGUAAAUGCCAAAUCAUGAGGAAAGGUUUACAAUUCUUUUGGAAAUACAUUGUUAAAAGUUGAUUAUUACGAGUACUUUAAGUUCCUUUUCGAUAGCGAAGAGAGAUCGAGAUCGGGAUCGGUAUCGGUAUCGAGAUCGAAAUCGAGAUAAGCGACUGAUUUUGUUAAAUAUUUUGAAAAUGUUUAGAACUAAAAGCACGAGAGAAGAGGGAGAACCUAUAGUUUAAAAUUGUAAAUGUAAACGGAGGCGAAGAGACGAAGUAAUACUUACCAGGCACGAACAAAUUCCUUCCAUUUGAAAGUUUGCCCCGAGCAAAUAAACUGUAAGAUAUUUUGGGAAAUGAAAUUAAGCAAAUUAUCAAAAGAGUCUAAAUAUAAACGAGUUGCGUUAUAUUAUACAGAUUAAACCGCACCUUAUAGUUUCUUAUGGUUUUCCAAUCGUUUGAACGGACCAAAAGCAAAUCGUUUCACCUUACUACACGGAUAUUUUUGUAACACGAAUAAAUAUCAUUAUACAGCCCCAAAAAACCAAUUGAAGACCCUCCACAUAAGCGAUAAUUGUACAUAAAUGUUCAAGUAGCGAAUUGCUCAACCCAGAGAGGAUCGAUAUAUACUAUUAAAAGUGUUAAAUGUUGUUUGAAUCCACAUAGGAAACGCCACUCAAGUGUCGUAAGUAGCAGUUCCAGAGAAAAUGAAGCCAUUAUAAAUGUAAUAUAACAGUCCAGGGCACUUAAACUUAAACACUUGAUUGACAGCUAUUGUAAAAUAUUUCAGUUAUUGAUCAGCAGAUGUGUGUUUGCAUGCUAAAGGAUUUUUUGUACAAAGCCCACGCUUUUGUAAUUUAUUUCAUAGUCGAUCUAAGCUACACUUACACUAUAUCCUAUGCGCAAUACGUAUAAAUAUAUAUAUAUCGGUAGGCUAAGAGAUCAGUGUAAAAACAAGAAUACUUAGAAGAACCUAACGCCAAUUUAAGCCACACAGCGAGAAACCGUUACGGAGUUCCAAGAAUUCUGGCAAAGCGAUCACGGAGCAUUGUAAAAUGAUAAGUUUAAAUUGAGAUUAAUUAAUCCCGACGAAUAUCCGAGUGUGGGCGGCCCCUGUAUAGUUGAGUUUAGUGAUUUCCUCCUUGCGUUUAUCGUCAGCUUAGGUUUGCGAGUAUUUGUGCGAACAAAGCCAGCAAACAAACACGUCGUCAUGUUAACUAACAAAAUAAUUACUGGACAAUUGAAUGGUCAAGUGCGUACUGUAUUUAUGAUUCAUUGCAUUGCGUUGGUAAUAUUUACAGGAUAUUAUUUAUAACAAGAGAAGCCAACCAGCAACAAACCACAUAUAUUACUAAAGAAAAUAUUAGCUCCUAAGUGCAACACAAACCAAAUGUGGCAAAUUAAUCUUAAGCCAAUGAGUAAUUAUGAUACGGGGGACAGUGUUCAUCUGUAGUGCAUAGUGUUGGGCGAAGGACUCACUAAUAACCCCUUACCAUUACGAUAAUGAAUACAAAUACCGAAAACAAAUACAAAUACAAAUACAAUACGUGUUACAAUAAGCAGAAACGGUUUACAUAUAUAAGUCAUAGGCCCAAGAGAAAUGUAAGCAACCACCACCAACAACAACCACAAGAAACACUUUUAGCCGUAAACGAGGCCUCGGAGCUGGCCAAAACCUCAGCCGAUGAGUCGAGGAGUCGAGGAGAGCGCCACUGACGCCGAGAAGCCGAGAACAGAAUCAAAAACUAACUCUUAAGCGACCCCGUGUUCACUGCCCCAGCAAAGCAAUAACUCCGAGUCCCUGCCAAGGGUCGGGCCACCACGGCCAAGCAAACUGUUACAUUUAAGCCAGCAAGCCAAGUGGCCAGUAGUGGCCAGUGGCCAGUGGGCAGUGGCCAGGUGCGGGGGCCUCGAGGUCGAGCAAAUUUACAAGUUUAAGUGACAAAGCAACAAAACAAAAUAGCCAAUUUAGCAUAAAGUAAAGACAAAAGCCAGGAGAAUGCAAAUAAAAGUGCAGAUAAAAAUGAGUGGCGAGGGAGGCGGAGCGGAGGACAGCAGCCAACAAAGACACAACACCAACAAAAACACACACACACACAACACAGAGAAAUGAAAAUGGACAUG